UUGUUUUCAUACUAACAGCUCAAUUGAGCAACAGUGCUGUUAAGCAUAACAGUAGCGUUUUUGGGCAAGAGUAACAAAAUUAUAGAAUUGUAAAUUAAAAACAAAUAAAUGUAGUGUUUUGUUUAGUGCAAUAAUAUUAAGUAAACAAAACAACAACAAUGUCCGCCACUUCCACAAAGUGCAGCAAGUGCCAGAGAGAGGCAGAAGAUGAGGCUACACUUUGCAAAAACUGCGCUGCUUCCACAGAUGCCAAAGACGAGAAGAAGCAGCGGGAAAAGGAGGAGGAGAAGGAGGAGGCAAAGACAGAGAAGGAUUGUGUAAAAAUGGAAAUUGAUACGGAUUUGACAACAACGGAAACAUUGGACGAUCUAGAUGAACUGGACGAGCUCACAAAGCAGAAGGAGGAGAAGGAGAAGGAAAUGGCAAGGCAGAAUCAACAAAAACAAAGCGAAGCGAAACAGCAACAACAACAACUGAUGACAAAAGUAAAAGAGGAGGCGGAGCAGCAGCAGCAGCCGGAGGAGCAGUCGCUGCUAAUAAAAGCGGAGUUAGCAGCGGACGGCGAUGCCGACAGCAAAAUGGCGGCUGUGCCUAGCCAGACAUGCCAAGCCCCCAACGCCCCCGCCUCCCAGGCGACACAACGUGGGGGGAAGAUCACGAGGAGCAGCUUGAACGGAUCACGUUCCCCGAAUAUCAUGAAGCGACUGAGGAAGAGCACGAGGAGCACGCGAUUCAAGGCGAAGCUAACGGGACGCGGUGGAGCAGCUGGCGGAGGAGGAGCAGGCGUAGGAGGAGCAGGAGCCGGAGGAGGAGCAACAAAUGGACACAAUGGAGCAACGAAUUGCAAGACACAUGGCAAACUAGGAGGAGGAGCAGCAGGAGGAGGAGGCGGAGGAUCAGCUGCAUCGACUCCCAGAAAUCGGCGGACAUUAUUCAAGCGUCCGGCACAGAAGACUCCAAGAGUCCAGGCGACCACGAGAUUCGUAAAGAGCGUCUUCUACAAGGGCAGCUACAUGCAGAUUGGAGACAUCGUCAGCAUCGUGGACAGCGAACAUAAUGUUUACUAUGCCCAAAUCAGGGGAUUACUUGUGGAUGCCUAUUGCGAAAAGUCCGCGUUCCUCACUUGGCUAAUUCCCACCCAGGACAGUCCCGAUCCCAGGGAUGGCUUUGAUCCUGCCACAUAUCUUAUAGGUCCCGAUGAGGAGCUGUCUCGAAAACUGUGCUAUCUGGAGUUCAUCAUGCAUGCUCCUAGCAAUUAUUAUUUUGAUCGGACGACGCCUUUUCCACUGCCGGAUGUGGAUGAAUACGCUGCCCAACGCACUGGCGGCUUCAUCUGGACACGUUUGCCCAUCUUCAAGCGGGAACGAGAGCGGGAACGGGAACGGGAACGAGAUCGAGUGGGUAAGGCGGCCGCCUAGCCACGCCCACAACGAGCAUAAUUUAUUUUAAAUAGAAGUGUACAAUAAAAACUGAUUUAAAACCAACGAAAA